AUGGUGGGAGUGCGGUGGCUAGUCGUGGCCGCUGCCCAUGCAGCGAUCGCCGCCGUGGGCCCGGGGCGUAUCCGGGACGCAUUGAGCGGCACCACCAUAGAUCAUGAUGGCCUCACCGCCCGAGACAGCAGCGACACCAACGCCAACAACACCAAACCGCUCCGCUGCCUCCAGGUUACAAGCCCGAUGCUCACUCCCGACGGUAUGUUCGUCGACGAUGACAUUGUCGAUCCGCGUCCGUUUGGGUACAGCCCCAAGUCCCACACCCAAAUACUCAUGGAGCAUUCGUUUGGGUUUAGCUAUGGCCUACCAUUUGUUGCCGAGUACAAGGCGCCAAAACUCGAUUUCAACAGGGUCAUCCUAAACUUGACUGUCGUCUCCCAAGGCCGACAGUUCGACCGCCUGGCCACCAUGUUCCUCGGCGACGUCGAGGUCUGGCGUACGUCGACGGCCGAGCCCAAGGCCGCCCCAGGCAUCGUCUGGACGUCCUGGAAAGACAUGACCCACUACCUUUCUUUAUGGAAGGAGCCGCAAAAGCUCAUCUUCGAUCUCGGCAACCUGAUCGACGACAAGUACACAGGACGCUACAACGCCACCCUCACGGCCAUCUUUGUCAGGGAGAAAGGAAUUGAACUCCCCCCGCCUGGACCCGCGGACCUCAUCGUUCCCUUUUCCGGGCGACGCAGUGCCAGUAACUUUAGCAGCACCUUCACCUACCCGGACUCAAAGGCCGAGAGCCAAAUUACACUCCCGCAAAACAUACACCGCGCGGUCGUGUCCAUCGCCGCCAACGGCCAGUUGGACGAGGAGUUUUGGUGGUCCAACGUGCCGGACGAGGGCACCCACACCUUCCCGAAUGCCACUUUGCCCGGUCUCAGUAGCUUCCGCGAGAUACGGCUCAGAAUCGACGGCCACUUGGUCGGCCUGUCGUGGCCAAUGCCCGUCAUCUUCACUGGGGGCAUCUCGCCUCCUCUGCACCGGCCGAUCGUCGGGCUGCAAGCAUUCGACAUACGGGAGCAGGAAAUCGACAUUACGCCCUGGGCGGGCCUUAUAUGCGAUGGGAAGCCACACAACUUUUCCAUGGAGGUCGUCGGCCAGAAUGAGCAGGUGGUGCCGCGAUACUGGGUCCUCUCCGCCAAGAUCUUUGUCUGGUACGGCGCAAAACGCACGGUGACGGAAGGCAGCACGCCCCAUGUGUGCCUGACCAAGCUAAACUACGUGUCAGGGGUCGAGGUCAAGGAGAAUGAAUACCUGCGCUACAACCAGACCGUGUCGCGUAAGCUGAUUGUCAAAUCAAAAGUCAGGCGCAACGACUACGAGAAGUUCUACGAUGUGAAGUGGACUCAGGAGUUCUCGAUGGGCAAUGCCGGCCUAGUCGCAAGACAGGGAGAUGGGCAAAUGGUCUGGGCGCUCUAUCGGGGUGAGGACAAGGCCGAGGAGGACCGCUGGAACUAUUACCAAUCGACCUGGAAGUAUCCCGUGCAGGUCAGCUAUCUGGCGGGUUCAGACCCAGUCAACACAAUCACGCUUGAUGCAAAUCUCACGCAAGGGGAGCAGCGGAACGUGAGCGGCGAGGCCGUAUUCCCCACCGGCAUCGAGUCCUGGCGUUGGAAACUCAAAGGUCGCGCGAAGCUGGGCAUCGUCUCAACCAACACUCAGCGCAGCGGGCGCGGGUUCUUCUACCAGAGAAACGGGGGCAAGGAGAGUGGUGGCUUCGGCGACAUGAUGCAAACGUACGAACUCGGCGGCCAGUGGUUCCGAGGGGACGAGCCGACGUCCGACCCGGACGACCCAGUUCUGUACCGGCGCGAAAUCUGGGUCGCGAACGAGACAACCACGUACGACAAACAGUCAGUCUGGAUGGCGCCGGCAGAAUACCCCGUUUCUGUGGCAGAGGCCAAGGAGGCGGUGCCGGGAUCCGGCUUCGAGUUUGCGCCCGCGUUGGCCAAGGGGAUGGGCGGAGGCUCUAAUCAUUUCUACAAGGGCACCUUGGGCAGGCCGUGA